AUGCAGUCGUCGGAGGGUUCGCCAGAUAUGAUGGAUCAAAAAUACAACAGCGUCCGACUGUCGCCAGCGGCAUCAAGUCGUAUACUGUACCAUGUGCCGUGCAAGGUGUGCCGGGAUCACAGUUCCGGCAAGCAUUACGGCAUCUAUGCCUGCGAUGGCUGUGCGGGUUUCUUCAAGCGCAGCAUUCGCCGAUCUCGCCAAUAUGUGUGCAAAUCCCAGAAACAGGGACUUUGCGUCGUGGACAAGACACAUCGGAAUCAGUGUCGGGCGUGUCGAUUGCGCAAGUGCUUUGAGGUGGGCAUGAACAAGGAUGCAGUGCAGCAUGAGCGUGGACCACGCAACUCGACGCUGCGUCGACACAUGGCCAUGUACAAGGAUGCCAUGCUGGGCGCUGAGUUGCCACAGAUACCGCCAGAGCUGCUCAUGGGUACGGCGGCUUUGAAUGGUUUUCCCGGCCUGCCAAUGCCCAUGCCGGGUCAUCAACGUGGUCCUCAUCAUCCGCAACUGCCCGGUUUUCCGGGAGCGCCGUCUGCUGCCGCCGUCUUGGAUUUGUCGGUGCCACGUGUGCCCCAUCAUGGCCAUCAUGGUUUCUUCUUGCCCAGCGCCGCCUACAUGAAUGCCCUGGCCACACGUGCCCUGCCACCCACACCACCGCUAAUGGCUGCGGAGCAUAUCAAAGAGACGGCAGCGGAGCAUCUCUUCAAGAACGUGAAUUGGAUUAAGAGUGUGCGUGCCUUCACCGAGUUACCCAUGCCCGAUCAACUGCUGCUGUUGGAGGAGUCGUGGAAAGAGUUCUUCAUACUGGCCAUGUCCCAGUAUUUGAUGCCCAUGAACUUUGCCCAGCUGCUAUUCGUCUAUGAGGCGGAGAAUGCCAACCGUGAGAUUGUUGCCAUUGUCAGCCGUGAGGUGCACGCUUUCCAGGAUGUCCUCAAUCAGUUGUGCCACUUGAAUAUCGACACGACGGAAUACGAGUGCUUGCGUGCCAUUUCACUCUUCCGCAAAUCUCCACCGGCGGCCAGUUCCACUGAGGAUCUGGCGAAUAGCUCCAUUUUAACCGGCAGUGGCAGUCCGAACUCGAGUGCAUCAGCAGAGUCGAGGGGUCUCCUGGAGUCCAGCAAGGUGGCUGGCAUGCAUAAUGAUGCGAGAAAUGCAUUGCACAAUUAUAUUUCGAGAACGCAUCCAAAUCAACCGUUGCGUUUCCAAACGCUGCUCGGCGUCGUUUCGCUGAUGCACAAAGUGUCCAGCUUCACCAUCGAGGAGCUGUUCUUCCGCAAGACCAUCGGUGACAUAACCAUUGUCCGUCUCAUUUCCGACAUGUACAGUCAGCGUAAGAUUUGA